AGGCACCGCCCCGAGCCCCGGGCCCCGCCAAGCGCUGGAAGGGAGCGCGCAGGGUCCGAAGGCUCCGGCGGCGAGCACCGGCUUCCGGACUCCAGGUACGAAGUUUGCCCGCAGCUGGCUGCCGACUGUUCUCUUUUCAGUCUCACGGAGGGCUCGGGGCUGCAGCGUUGCAGUCUUGCCAAUGGACCUUGUGGGUUUUGGUUAUGCAGCCCUUGUGACAUUUGGAAGCAUUUUGGGAUAUAAGCGGAGAGGUGGCAUUCCAUCUUUGAUUGCUGGUCUUUUUGUUGGAUUUUUGGCUGCCUAUGGUGCUUACCGUGUCUCCAAUGACAAACGAGAUGUAAAACUGUCACUGUUUACAGCUUUCUUCCUGGCCACCAUCAUGGGUGUGAGGUUUAAAAGAUCCAAGAAAAUAAUGCCGGCUGGGCUGGUUGCAGGUUUAAGCCUCCUGAUGAUUCUGAGACUUGUCUUUCUGCUGCUCUGAGAAUCGGAGGAACCGAACACUCACUUCCCGUCAUUCUGCACCGUCCGGCAGAGCAUACGCUAUGUAUUUAAAAGAUAAAUUUGAUAUGGAAUGUUUAGUGUCUUGUUUUAUGUUAGAAACAAAAGACACACUGUCACCUCUAAUAUGAACACCAGUUUGAUGUGUUUUUUUUUAAACAAAAACUUUGUUUUCCAGUUGUUGGGUCCUGUUUUCAUUAAAGAUGUCUAAUGAAUUGUGAUACGCUUUCAUUUGCAUCUCUAGUUUUAUAUGUGUGGUGUUUGUUAAUAAUUCCAAAUACACAUCUGAAGAAAGUUUACAUUAAACCGCAGCUUAUCAGAUAAUGGAAUGCGCUCAGUGGACUGCCCAGAACGCUGAUGUAUCAAUUUGUCAUUUGUGUUAUAUUAGAAAUUAUUAGAAAUUGUAUUUUUUCUGUUUUAAUUGUAUUGCUGCCAUUGUUAUUUUUUCCUUUGAAAAAUCCAUUCUCAGCACAGUGUGUGUACUAACAAUGUAUUUAGUAUUCAGAUAAAAGGCACUCUGUUUUGAGCCUAUUCCUUUCAUUUUAGUGUCUUCUCUGUAUACACAAAUCAUCCUUGAUAUUUAAAAGUUUGAUUAUUAAUGAAAGAGGUUGGGAAGGAGGGUUAUUUAAGCCAGAACUCUUCUUCAGGAACAAGUAUUCUCUUUUUCUCUCUUUCUGUGAAACAGUAAUAAGUCUGAAACAAAAAUGAUUUUGUGUCAGAUUGCCACUUCCUUUUUGGGCACCGUUCUGACUUUUAGUGCCCAGCGCACUUUGAGGGCGCAGCCUGACCAUCAGGAGACUGGAGCCCAGCCCGACUCUUGCUGACCGGAUGAUCUUCGGAGGUCAUUUCCUCUCUCUGGGUCCCAGUCUCUCUUCCUUAAGGCAGUAUUUGGACUAAAUGAUCGACAAGACCCCUUAGGGCUCUAAAGAUCCGCAUUUCUGGUCCUGUUGGCUCUGUGCAGUGGUUCAGAUUGCAAAUCCUUUCUUUAAAUGAAACGGUGGGUGGAGCUCCCAGCUGACAACAGCCGAGUGGAUAGGUUGUGUUCAGUCACCUUGCCCAAUUCACUUUCAAGGAGGUGGUUAAACUUCUGGUGAUAAGUAAUUCAAUUCAGGAAAGAAAGAAAGAAAAACACUACUAAUUUUACCAAAUAGGAAACCCAAACAAAAUCCUGUGAUAUACUUUGAACAUAUCCAACCCUCCCCCCUAAUCCUAAUGGUGCCAAAGAGCUUGUUACACAAGCAGGUUGUCACUGGGGCGUUCCACACACUUGCUGAGUGUCAAAGGUGAUGGAGAAAGACCAUCAGAUUCUGACAGCCGACAGCUUAUACUCAACUGUGAUUAGGAUCCUGAAGUAGAAACUAAAUGAGAACUUGAUCCUAGAAAUAUAUACUGUAUGUGUAAAAUACUCUAGUGAGUGAAAGGGUAAGAAACUAGUCUGAAGCUGUGCUGUGUCCUGGACUUUUCCCAAAAGGUGGUGGGAGCGGGUAGUGGUGAUGUGUGUGUGCUUUUUUGGUUGGUUUUUAAACAAAUCCGUCAUAUCCAUUUGCUUACUUAUGACUUUUCUCUUUUGCAAUAGGUAGGAUGCAGAAGAAUUCUUUUUUGGGUCAUUCUGAUUAAUUGGUGUUUUCCUGUCUUACGAAAAACAAAAGGUUUUUGUCUGAUUUAUGACAAGUAUUAGGUAGUUUAUUGCCUUAUGCUUUUUAUCACUUUAUUAAAAUGGCCUUAUGAUUUCCUUCUGGGUACUGCUACAAAUGUGAAGGGGAACAGUUUACUGAGUUCCUUAGACCUCAUUUGUUAAUACUCCGCUACUAUAGUGCCCAUGUUUUUAAGAAACAUGCCACGUUCAGAUUUGAAAAUACUCUUCACGGUUUCAAUGGAGUCUUCAUCUAGGGGAGGCUUCCUCUGGCUUCCAGGCUGGAGAAAUUUGUUAAUUGUGGGAAUGUGGCUGAUUCUGGCUUUGAAUUCCUAAAAUGCAAAAGUAUAUUAUUCAUGAGAAGAGAAUAUAGCAAAAUAAACAAAGUAAAAUAUAAACAAGGAACAUUUUUGCAUAAGAGAAAAAGUGUUUGUAUUUCUCAUUGCUGGUAGAGGCAGGAGAUAAAAUGGAAUUUUUAUACAUUUUGUGGCAUUGCAACGUGAUGCUCCCCUUGUAGAAAGCAAGUUAGCAGUAUUUCUCAAGAACCACAAAAUGUUCAUAUGCUGUAACCAAGUGAUCCUAUUGUUAAAAUUGUAUCCUAAUGAUGUAAUCUUGAAUGUGGAAAAAUCCAUACCCAUGAAGAUGCUGUUGUAACAUUAUUUACAAAAGCAAAUAUUCCAGAGUAUCCUGAUGUAUAACUAAUAAAGAGAAGUCCUCAUUUUUAUUAUAUCUUAA